CUCCGUUGUCUCCAUUCAUGGAGUCACUUUCAAGAAUGUGUCAAGAAAAGGAACAAAGCUGCAGGAUUGGUGGUGGUAAUCGCAGUGGCAGUAAAAGAAAAAUGGCUCAACACUGUGAAAUUGGAGCAAGAGGGAAGAAAAUGGAGCUAACCCUCAACCCCAACAAGGUAAAAACUGUGACCUGAGAGAGAAGAAGAAGUCUAGAGAGAGAGAGAGAGAGAGAGGGGUUCCAUGGCUACAGCUAGCUCUAGCGUGAAUCGAUCAUCACCAAUAACCAAUAUAGCCAAAGACCACCUUUUCUCCAUCUUGCUAUUGCUGCCCAUAGAUUCAAUCUUGAGCUUUGCCAUGACUUGCAGGAGGUUCAAGUCGCUGUCUUGCUCUGAUUCCCUCUGGGAAUCGAUCUGCAGGAGGGAUUGGGGCCAGUCCUCGGUGGAUGCCCUCAAACCCUUUCUUGAAACCAAGCAGGGAAUCUCUUGGAAAAACAUUUACCGCCAAAUUCACCAGUUGGAUUCUCUGUAUUGCAGCAGAAUCUUGAGUAAUCCCCAGACUGAGGAGCUGAUUCCCAGGCCCAGAGCUUCUCAUUCCCUCAACUUUGUUUCCAAUUGCCUGGUUCUCUUUGGUGGAGGUUGCGAGGGAGGUCGGCACCUUGAUGAUACGUGGGUAGCAUACAUAGGUAGUGACUUCCGGAAAAUAGUGAAGUGGAAAAAGAUAGAUUCAGGGAGUCCAAGUGGGCGGUUUGGGCACUCGUGUAUAGUCAUUGGCGAUUUUCUGGUCCUCUUUGGAGGGAUCAACGACCUUGGGGUGCGCCAAAAUGAUGCGUGGGUGGGGCAAGUAUCGUUACAUGAUCCGUGUGGUGUUACGUUAUCUUGGAGAUUGCUUGAUGCGGGUACACCUAUUGCUCCCCCGCCUCGAGGGGCUCAUGCUGCUUGUAACAUUGACAAAACGAGGAUGCUAAUUCAUGGGGGCAUUGGCUUGUCUGGCCACCGAUUAGGUGAUACUUGGGUUGUGGACUUUUCGGAGGAUCUUCACUUUGGAGUGUGGCGAGAAAUAGUAACCCACCCAUCCCCUCCAUCGCGUUCUGGGCACACGUUAACCUACAUAGGAGGAAACCAAAUCAUCCUGUUUGGAGGGCGAGGAGCGGGCUAUGAGGUGCUCAAUGAUGUAUGGCUCUUUGAUGCAUCUGAAGGACAUUGGAGAUGGGUGCAGUUAUUCUUCGACUUGCAAAAUAUACCCCACGGUUUGACCCUCCCUCGCGUUGGUCACUCUGCCAACCUCAUCUUAGGCCGAAGGCUUCUGAUCUAUGGAGGAGAAGACUCGUACAGGCAUAGAAAAGACGACUUUUGGGUGCUGGAUAUCAGCUCAAUUCCGGGUAUUAAACUGCAGCCUGCUGCAACUCUUGAUCCAAAGAAACCGAUUUCUAAAGCGUGGAGGCAGCUGAGGGCAAAGGGGGAUAAUCCCGACCCCAGAUCAUUCCACCGCGCUUGUGUGGAUCAUUCAGGCCGUUACCUUUACAUCUUUGGUGGAAUGAUAGACGGCUUACUUCAGCCUGCAGAACCAUCUGGUUUAACAUUUGACGGAGGGCUAUUUCUCCUCGAGAUUGUGCUGCAGUGCUAAGAAGCAUGUAAAAGCGAUGUUAUUCUGAUCUAGAGAUGUUAAUCCUAAGAAGCAUGUAAAUGUGGUGUUUGUGGUAACCUUAAAUGAAGACAACAGAACCAGAAAUUGGAAGGGCACAAGAGUUUCUUUUCCUGGGAAAUUUUUGCAGGUGACUUAGAUGCACAUGUUGCUGAUGCCAUGCAUCCAACAUAAAAACCAACCAUCAAUCCGACCUUUUAUGAUCAAGAAACGCAGAUUACAAAGUUAUAAGUUCGACUUCCAGCGAAAACGAUCUAUUGGCAUUCUUGAUUUAAUCCAGUUAGCUAUAGGCAACCCAGACUGGUUUUGAUUUACCUCCUUGUCUUUUGUUGUCUAUCGACCUUCUUAGUUUGAGCCAGUCAACUAUACGUUGGUUUACCUUGUACACAUCUUCAGGUAGUGGUUGCAGGUUUUCCUCGUUACUCAUAGCAGAACAUGAAGAUCAAAUCUGUUAGCAACUAAACAAGGUUGUUUGUUGGGUUUAAGGAUCCUUUUGUGGGAAGAUUAAGCAUUGGUCCUGUCUACUUUUAGCUCACAAAAUAUGUGAUGGAAAAGACAAAAAGUUAUAUUUGUUCAGAAAGUAGUAAUGAAUGAAUGAAGGCUAAAAGGGAAAAAAAGCCCCAUGAAAUUCUCAUCUGAUACAAAGAACCAACAAGAACUGUUUUCCUCAACUCCAGCAUACCCACAAUCUGUUCAAACAAAACAUGUAACCACUCCCCAUUACAAAAUCUUUCAUGCUUUAAGAGUGAAC